GGUCCUGCAGCGCGUGGAAUUCCAGCGCCUGGAAUUUUUUACUUUCACUUUCAAAUUCUCUCCGUUUUGAGAAGAGAGUGAAGCUGCUUGAGUCGUAGUUUCUCUGUGUUUGCAUGUCUCGCACGUCUCCACUGAAGAGGGUCUUUGGUGAUGUAUGGAGAGGAGCUGGGUGGGCGCUUUUCUGCUGAUUGCAUUCGAGUAGCAUCUGAGCUGAAGAGAAAAGGCUAAACACUUCGUCAGUCUUUCCAGAAACUCCCUCACAUGACGGCGAUGGCGGCGCAGAUGAUCUUUGUUCUCUUCAGUUUGGUCUCGAUCACAGAAUCCAGUGACGUGUUCGGACUUGUUGGAAAUUCUGUUCAAAUGGACACACAGCAUCCUGUACCAGAGUUUGAUGACUUAUCCUGGCUUUUUAACAGAACUAAUACUGUUCUAAAAUAUUAUCCUGAAUUUAAAAAAACUAAACCGUCUACUGCUUAUGAAGGCAGAGUGGAGUUCAAUGAGGAAACCUACAGUCUGACACUGAAGAACUUACAGAAGACUGAUAGUGGACUGUAUGAAGCAAAAACAGCUGGUGAUGUGGUCACAGUUGUUGCUGAGUACAGACUCUCUGUGUUAGAUGCAGUAGAGGCUCCAGUCCUGACUCACCAGCUAAACAGAGACACCUGUAACAUCACUCUCGCCUGCAGAGGUCAUGACCUCUCCGUCAACUCCAGCUGCUAUAAUGAAACCUGCGAGAAGGAGGAAGUGACAUCACCUGAAGGCAUCACCCUUUCCCUGUCUGUCAGUGGCAGCUCCAUCAUCUGUAACCAUAGCAACCCAGUCAACUGGAAGACGGAUGUUUUGGAGAUGAGAGAACUUAAACGACUCUGUGCUGAUGAAGAAAGUAAACAUGAAGAAACCCAUGACCCAGGCUCAGGUUUAACAGUGCCUAUCGUGGUUGGCAUAGCAGUUGGUGUAGUGGUUCUUGUUCCCAUUCUUCUUGUUGUCUUCAACACCAUAAAAGUCCACCGGAGGAGAUCAAGAUCAUUUGGAUUUCCAAUACGUGCCUUGGAAUUUCUUCAAACUAUUCAGGAGCAGCCAGCACCUGAGGAGCCCAGUGUUUAUUAAACCUAUGAAUCAGUAUAAGAUCAGCAUUUAUGCUGCAGCAUCAGAACCCAGCAAAGCUGUGAAUCAAGCCAAAUUGGAUGAAGCCACAUCAAAUGUGAGAAAUUAAAGCCACUCUUGAUUUACACAGAAGAUUGCCAGGGAUUUCACAGCCACCUCAUGGGAGUCCACAAAAGUACAACUGGCUGUUCUCUAAUUGGGAGGGAAAAAUGCUGAAGACAUCCAGUCCAGAGUCUUAGGUCAUGAAUACAGAGGGCAGCACCCCUCAUAGUGCCUUCAGAUGUUGCAUCAACUCAAAAAGAACAUUGGAAAUUGUUGACAACUAAUAUCAGGGAACACAUGGACACAUAGCGUUACAAAAAAGAUGAACAUAUAGAUCAUUGUAGCUUAGUGAGUAGCAUUGAAGGCACUGAAUAUGCAAAGGAUGAAUUCAGUCUUUCUUUUUCUUGUAAUAGUUUAGUUUACACUGAGAUACGGUCAUAAAACUGAACAAUUCCAGUCUGGCAUGUGUUUACAGAUCUGUGUUUAAUGCAGAACUGGCUCUAGCCUUUUGUGGGCAUUAAGAAAGGAUUUUUUGAAAUAAAG